AUGACCACCGAACUCCGCACCCACGCCCAGCGCGCGUCGGAACGUAUCCCCCCAAUUGCCCUUCCAUAUGUCAGCGAACGCGCACGGAAGGCGUUGGACCUCGUCGAGAAGUUCGUCGAGGAGGAGUGCAUCCCCGCCGAUGCCGUCUACCAACAACAGAUCGGCAAGACGGUCGAGGAGCGAUUCAACUCCCACCCACCGAUCAUGGAGGAGUUGAAGCAGAGGGCCAGGGAAUACGGUCUCUGGAACAUGUUCUUGCCCAGGAACCACUUCAAGGAGGGUGCUGGCUUCAGCAACGUUGAGUACGGCCUCAUGGCCGAGAUCUUGGGCAAGAGCCGUAUUGCUAGCGAGGCUACCAACUGCGCCGCCCCGGAUACCGGCAACAUGGAGGUGCUUGCCAAGUACGGCAAUGCUGCUCAGAAGAAGCAGUGGCUCGAGCCGCUCCUCGAGGGCAAGAUCCGAUCUGCUUUCUUGAUGACCGAGCCCAACGUGGCAUCCAGCGACGCCACCAACAUUGAGCUUGCGGUUCACCAAGAGGGCAACGAGUGGGUGCUCAACGGCCAGAAAUGGUGGAGCUCCGGCGCCGGCGACCCUCGCUGCACCAUCUACCUCGUCAUGGCCAAGAGCGACCCCAACAACGCGGACAAGUACAAGCAGCAAUCCGUCGUCCUUGUCCCCCAUGAUGCCCCCGGCAUCACCAUCCACCGCAUGCUGUCCGUCUUCGGCUACGACGAUGCGCCCCACGGCCACGGCCACAUCACCUUCAAGAACGUCCGCGUCCCCAUCGGCAACAUGGUCCUCGGCGCCGGCCGCGGCUUCGAAAUCAUCCAGGGUCGUCUCGGCCCCGGCCGUAUCCACCACGCCAUGCGCAGCGUUGGUGCCGCUGAGAAGGCCCUCGACCUCUUCGUCGCCCGCCUCAACGACCCCAACAAAGUCGCCUUCGGCAAGAUGCUCAACGAGCACGGCGUCAUGCUUGACCGCCUCGCGCGCGCACGCAUCGACAUCGAUGCCGCACGCCUCAUCGUCCUCAACGCCGCCAUCAAGAUCGACCUCUCGAACGCCAAGGGCGCGCUGAAGGAGAUCGCCGAAGCCAAGGUCCUCGUCCCCAAGACCCUCCUCGAGACCAUCGACAUGGCCAUCCAGGCCUACGGCGCCGCCGGCGUGUGCCAGGAUACCCCGCUCGCCAACAUGUACGCCAACGGGCGGACAAUGCGCAUCGUGGAUGGACCGGAUGAGGUGCAUUUGCAGCAGCUUGGAAAGGCGGAGAAUAAGCGAGGGCAGCAGGUAUUGAAGUACUACAAGACGCAAGACGCGAACGUCGAGCGGGUGUUGAAGAGCCAUGGGUUGGGGAAGGUGGAUCCGCUGCAGUUGAACCGGGAGUCCGGGAAGGGUGGAUCGCGGUUGUAA